CUUAUUCAGUGCAGCGUUGAGAGGCAUCAGAAUGCGUUGGUGCAUACCAAGUUGUAACAGUCCUCAGUCGUUCGUUCCUACCCAAUCCGGCAAGCACGCACGGCUCGGGCGCGUUUGUAACUUUUCUUCAGAGAAAGUUUCGUAGCUUCAGAACUCAGUCUCAAGCUUCUCACUAGUCAUCUUGUUAGAAGUCACUUGUGUAGUUACAGUCAAAGUUCACGAGUUCACGAUGACCGUACCUACUACACCCACACCCACGCCAACGCAGAAUGACGCUGCAGAGCCCCAGAAGAGGAAGAAGACUCGCCGCGGCAAACGACCCAAGCGACCGUAUCCAGCAGACCGCAGUCUAGCUGGCCGGAUACGUACUGCAAUUGCAGAAGAAGAGGCGAGACGUCUGGCUACGGCGAAGCUUCACCCCGAUGAGCGAUAUGGCACAUUCUGGGAACAUGAGAAUAGCUUCGAGGAUGUGGCACGUAGCCGUAUCCAUGACCAGUGGGCGCUCGAUCGCGCAGGAUGUGCUGACGAAUGGCACUCUGAAGACGAUGCAUGGGAGGGCUGCGAGGUGUCAGAAGAUGAACCUAGCUCAGAAGAAGAGGAGGAAGCAACGGAAGAUCACGAAGUAAUCUUCAUUGACAGUUCUGAGGACGAAGCUGGAAACGAAGAUGUAGAGAUUCCGUCCGAGCUAGCGGUAACUACAGUUGUGCCAGAGACUGCGAUUCCAAGCAAUGAAAAGGGUAAAGCUGUAGCCGCCGGCAAUGAAAAAGACAACGAUGACGACAGCGAGGGCAGCGACGAUGAUGGCGACGGAAUAGCGAAGCUACAUCCUUCCCAGCCAACCGGUCAAUACCUCAUUGUCAUCUGUCGCCUUUCCGGCUGGUCAGCUGCAAAAAAAUACCAAAAUGAGGGUGACAGCUCAGCUGUUGCAAAUGGAAAGGUGGUGCAAGACCGGGUACGAGAGGGUAUUGUCCUCGGGCAGAGACUGGAGAGAUAUAGCCCAAUCCCAGUACAAUUUGCUACGAUCGUAGCUACAUGUCAUCAGCGCCCGGGGGCAUACUUCACCAACUUUGAAAAGGUUGUUAACAGGCCCCCCGCAAUGGUCAAAGAUGUUCGCCAAUUCUUCAACACUCUUCCCGAUGGCGCCAAGGUGACUGCUCUUAUCCGCGGGCCCGAUGGACUGGGAGUUGAUCCUGCAACCGUUUACUCGCUCUGCCAACUUGGCGCCAGGAGAGGAAUGAAGUUACAGCUUAUCUUCCAGUACAUCAAAGUGUACGAUAGUAUUCGCCCGUUGACUCUAACCGCAUUCAAGGGGCUUGGUUCGGUUUUGGUGCUACAGGGAAAGACGAUCUUGCAGCACAUGACAGGUGUUGAAGGCAAGAAUUCGCCAGAAGUCGCUAGACUCGAGCGCGUAUUGAGAGACCUGAAUUACUUCAAGAAUAGCGGUGUGGGUGUGGUAGACAGAAACGCACUACCAAACCAUAACCAGAUGGGCGCCUUCGAGUCGUCUGCAGGGGCAAAAGUCAAGCGCAGAAGAAGACAGGGCUGAGAAGAAGGGCGAAAGGGAAGAUGUAGCUACAGUGCGUAGAAUACAAUCACGAUGAACAGCUCUAUAGCUCCCAACCUUCGUUGCCGCUGCCUUUCUUGGGUAGACCAUCUCUUUCAAACUCAUCCCACCGUACCGUAAAGACUGGUGAUUCAAGCCACUGUUUCAGGGUAGUGCUGUCCUGUAGCUCCAGGCUCGCGGCAAGCUUGUUCAGGUUCUGGAAGUCUCGAACCUGCUCCUUCUUGGGCUUCGUGCCCGGCGAUUGGGCUGUAGCUUCACUAGAGAGAUCUUGUGAGACCUUUCGCCUCUUUGGUCCAGCGUUGUUGCUGCUCAUCUUGCGUUGUGAGUUUGAUGGCACGCGGAA